AUGGCCGCCCUGCGCGCGCUGCUGCGGUGGCGCCGCCGCCUGGGCCCCGCCGCGCGCCCCGUGCCCAGCGCGCCGCCGGCGCGGCGGUUGUGGGGCGGCGGCGAGGCGGCGGCGCGGCGGGGGCGGCGGGAGCUGGGCUGCGCGGCGGCGGCGGCGGCAGCGGCGCUCGGCGCUUACGCGGGCUACCGGCUCUGCGAGCGGCGGCGGCGGCGGGAGCCCCCCCGAGAACAGGCCGCCGCCGAGCCGGGCCGCGCCCGCGCGCGGCUCCCCAUCCCCGUGGCGGCCGCUGCCAAGGAGCCGGUUACAGAAAACGCAUCAGACCUUGAAGAUUUGCACCUUUAUGCAACUCCUCGGGAGCAGCGAUUUCGUAGGUUUGCCAGUUUAGAAUUUGAAGGACAGCUGUAUAUGACUCCAUAUGACUUCAUUCAGGCUGUUACAAAUGAUGAACCCAAACAUGCUAAAAAGUGGAGAUCCCUUUCAAAGCAGGAACUGAAUCAAAUACUUAUGGAGACACCACCAGUUUGGAAAGGAUCAUCUAAACUCUUCCGUAAUCUUAAUGAGAAAGGUGUGAUAUCUUACACAGAAUAUUUGUUCCUCUUAUGUAUUUUAACAAAGCCUCAUGCAGGUUUUAGAAUUGCUUUCAACAUGUUCGAUACUGAUGGCAAUGAGAUGGUGGACAAAAAGGAAUUCUUGGUGCUACAAGAGAUAUUCAGGAAAAAAAAUGAGAAGAGAGAAAGAAAAGGAGAUGAAGAAAAACGUGCGAUGCUUCGUCUUCAACUUUACGGAUAUCAUACUUCUACUAACAGUGUGCUUAAAACAGAAGGAGAGGACCUUGUCCCCAGAAGCUAUUGGGAUACUUUGAGACGUAGCACAAGCCAAGCGCUCUUUUCGGACCUUGCAGAGCGUGCUGAUGAUAUUACAAGUUCACUAUCAGAUACUACAUUACUUGUACACUUUUUUGGCAAGAAGGGAAAAGCUGAACUGAACUUUGAUGAUUUUUAUAGGUUUAUGGAUAACCUACAAACUGAAGUUCUGGAGAUAGAAUUCCUUUCCUACUCUAAUGGGAUGAACACCAUCAGUGAGGAAGACUUUGCGCAUAUUCUUUUGAGAUAUACAAAUGUGGAAAAUACAUCAAGUUACCUGGAAAACAUGCGCUGUAGGAUCCCUGAAGAAAAGGGUAUCACAUUUGAUGAGUUCAGAUCAUUUUUCCAGUUUUUGAACAACCUAGAAGACUUUACAAUUGCAAUGCAAAUGUACAAUUUUGCAAGUCGUUCCAUAGGUCAAGAUGAAUUCAAGCGUGCUGUGUAUGUAGCCACAGGACUGAAACUUUCACCGCAUUUGGUGAACACAGUGUUCAAGAUCUUUGACGUUGACAGAGAUGACCAGUUGAGUUAUAAAGAAUUUAUUGGCAUUAUGAAAGAUAGACUUAAUCGAGGGUUCAGGGAGACCCCAAAAUACGGUUGGAAUGAUUAUUAUUCUUGUGUGAUGACUGUAACCAGUGAACAUCUCAGAGAUCUGUGGAAGCAAUUUCGGAGACGUGAUAUGCUGAGAUAAAGAAAGAAUGACUGUGGGCACUGGUUCUAGCUAUUUAUUCCUAUAUACAUUGAAUGAAGAACAAACUAACCCUGGGUGAAUCGUGAAUCUUCCAGCUGCAGUAGAUAACACAGGAUUUUUUUUUCCACUUAAUACAGUGAUCACAACUAUUUAUCAGUAUUAUUUUAUGUAAGCAAUGAAAUAACUAUCAUCUGAUUGGCAGAAGUUUUCGUUAAGAACAUUUUGAACGGGUUUUACAUUAUUUUACAAUGUGUUUGUCAUUUAAAAGAAAGUAAGUGUUACACCUGGGUAAGCACACCUUUUGACAAUGAAGAGAAACUGUUUGUAUCAGCUUAGAGUAUGAAUCUGCUUUCAGAAGAGCACUAUUAACAGUUUGCAAUGCUAAAUUGGGAAUGAGAAAACAUUAUGUAGCAUAACAGUUAUAUACAAGGUGAAUGUAUAAAUGAAGCUCUUAGAAGCUAACAAAGCUGUUAUAAUAUUUUACCUUUUUAAAAAAUAAUGUGAAUGCUAGGUAUUUACCUAAAAAAAAAAAAAGGUACUGUAUGGACUAUAAUGUUCAAAUUCUGUGAGUCUUACUAUUAUGUUUGUUAUCUUUGAAAAGUAUUAAUUUUAAGAUAUUUUAUGAGCAAUAUGUUGAGGAGGAGGUGUCAAAAUAUUCUAAUUCAUGUUAGGUAAUGCACAACUAUGGAGUAUUUAUCAUAAACUUUAUUUCCAUACAUAUAAAUUCACUGAUAUAUUUCCAGUAGAGUAUAACUUUGUGUUUCUUGUGAAUAGUGCACUUUUAUAUGAGGUAAGACAUGGCACUGUGAAAAAAUUAUAGUUGUCUGAUUUGCUACUCUGCAAUGCAGUUUCUAUUAGUAAUAUUCUUGUGUUUGUGUCAAAAAAGCAAAGCAAAAUAUGAGUGCAUGCAGUAGUACAGAGCAACACUCGCUAAAUAAUAUUAUUUGAAUAUUAGGACUCAAAUGUUAACCUUACUAAGGUUUUGGACACUACAAAUAAUCAGUGGCCACCAUGAUCUUUCAUGCCAUGGGGGUUUCAGUAUUAUUGAAACUACCCUAAAGGCACUCCGUUGCGUUUGUUUCUCGUAUUUUCUAAAAUUUUUCUUCUCGAUUCAGCAGCAGCCUUUUUUCACUCCUUUUCAGGAUGGAUCAUGUAAUGUGAAUGAAACCCAAACAAAUGUGAAUACAUAGUUUUUGUACCAUUCUUGAAAAGGUUCACUGGACAUUAAAUUAUCCUGUAUCUGUUCAGGAACAAUCUAUGCAUUGAAAGACUUCUAGCUGACUACACAGUAAAAUUAAUAUCAAUAAAUUAGUGUUAUUAGAAAGGUAAGUAUUUGGUAUAGUCAUACAACUCAAAUAUAACCAAACUAUUAGAUUCAAAUUAAUGGUUUUUAAAAUUUUUAUUGAAAACUUAUGAAAAAUAUAGUUAGUGCAUAUGUUGCUCAAAUACCAUUUUCAUUAUAUAUUAAUAGAAAAAGAUGUGUAGCAUCUGUUCAAGUACACUUAGGUUCAGAAAUGCUUAAUUUAUAAGAUUUCUCUCUUUAAAAAUAAAAUGGAUAAAGAAAGCUGUUCUUUAAGAAAUUCCACCCUGUGAAUUUUAGAAAAAAAUCAUGCCAUUUAGAGUAUCUUUUUAGUUGUGGUUUUAAUCUACAAAGAAGCCAAUUCAGAAAACUUUUGAAGGAUUUCAUUUUGAAGGCUUUAAUUAAUAUUUCAUGAUAAAUACUUACCAAGUUUCUAGCUUGGCCUCCUCAAAUUACUGACAACAAGGAAAAUCAGAAAUCUGGGAUAAAGGUUCUUGAAUUGACACAAUAGUAUAUGGAUAAGCUGUGAUCCCUGUGUGAUCAGUUAGGGAAUCAAUUGGUAUUCAGUGUAUUAUGGUUCCCAGAAUGGUGUCUCUGCUUCUUACCAGUGUACUCAAAACUGACUUGUGGUACUUUAGUAACAAAAGACGAAGAAUGGGAAGGAAGGAUAGAGGUUACCAAAGGGGCUCCCGUACUUCCUCUUCAGUCACUACUGCCUGCUCACAGUGAUGCCUCCCCUUGGAGGAAGAAGAAGCACCAUCACAAUUUUGCUGCUCCACUACCCUGGGCAACAGUGCACUUUGCUUUAUGACUGGCUUGAGACAAUUGUAACAUUUUUCUAUAUAUUUCCUGUAGUCACUUAAUAUAAAAUAGAAUGUGAAAGUGUCAGAUUAGCUUUUACAAGUAUUUUUCUCUUGUUUAUAAUAAUUUAUGUAAUAUAGGGUAUGAAAUUAUGGAUAUCAUAUUCCUGUUUAUUUCAAAAUAAAUAUUUAAAACUAA